AUGGCACAUAAAGAUAAUAAGACCAUCGUUGACAUGUCCGGUCGUGAGAGUCCAUCGUCAAGCAUAAGAAACUCAGUAACAAUACCGAUACCAUCGCAUGCUAUCUCGGUAUCAACAACACAUCCUCCUUCACAUGCUUUUAUGAAACAAGUUAGUUUAGCUGCAUUAACGUUACAAAAUGCCAUGAGUAUCCUGCUACUACGUUAUGUCCGCACACUUCCUGGUGAACGGUUUAUCAAAUCGACAGCAGUGGUGAAUUCUGAGAUUCAAAAGACAAUUUUUAGUAUUUUGUUAGUUAUCAAUGAAGAACGAAACGUUACGAAAGCUUUCAAGUUAAUUUAUGAUAAAAUUGUGUGUCAACCUUACGAUACGUUCAAAACCGGACUGCCGGCUCUGAUGUAUACCCUGCAAAACAACCUAUUAUUCAUUGCUAUCUCGAAUUUGGAUGCUGCUACAUUUCAGGUUACAUAUCAAUUAAAAAUAUUCACCACGGCUAUUCUCAUGGUUUUUAUACUUCGUCGGCAAUUGAAUCUUGUUCAAUGGUUUGCAUUAUUUCUUCUUUUCGUCGGUAUUUCUCUCGUUCAACUUGAAAACAUGACCACCUCAACACCUAAACAAGAUGUUAACGCCGUCUAUGGUUUUCUCGCUGUAAUAGUUGCAUGUAUACUGAGCGGUUUAGCUGGUGUAUACUUCGAAAAGAUUCUCAAAGGAAGUGAUGUUUCGGUGUGGAUCCGUAACAUUCAAUUAGGUGUAUUUGGUGUGUUUUUCGGUGUCUUAACAACAUACUUGACCGAAGGUGCAGAAAUCAAAGCCAAAGGUUUCUUUUUCGGUUAUACGCCGAUUGUUUGGAUGGCGACAUUGGUACAUUCAGUUGGUGGUUUAAUCGUUGCAUUAGUCGUUAAAUAUGCCGACAAUAUUCUCAAAGGCUUUGCUACAUCGAUGGCAAUUAUUAUAUCGUGUAUUGUCAGCAUGAUGUUCUUUGACUUCCAGCUAACAUUAUUGUUCACAAUGGGCUCGACGUUGGUUAUCUUUUCCAUAUUUCUUUAUUCCAAACCGGAAUUAAUCUUUUCUGUGCCACUUUUGAACAUAUUUUUCACCGAAAAAUCGAUUUUAUUAUAA